AUGAAGUUACUCUCUCUUCUUUUCGCUUCGGCGACCGUUGUCCAGGCCGCUCUGAAAUGGCAGAAUGUCAAGAUCGGAGGCGGCGGAGGCUUCUCUCCUGGCAUUGAGUUCCAUCCUAAUGCUAAGGGUGUUGCAUACCUGCGUACAGACAUCGGUGGCUUGUAUCGUCUCAAUCCCGAUGACUCUUGGACGCCUGUCACAGAUGACACGGGAGUGGAUGCAACAUGGAGCCGCUGGGGUAUCGAUGCCAUGGCCAUGGAUCCUAAGGACCCUAACAAGAUAUACACUGCUGCAGGCCUGUACACAAACAGCUGGGACCCUAACAAUGGAGCCAUUGGUAUCAGUAAUGACAAAGGUAACACAUGGUCCUUCACCACCCUCCCCUUUAAGGUCGGUGGCAACAUGCCCGGCCGGGGCACGGGUGAACGUCUCGCCGUUGACCCCAAGAAUUCCAAGAUCAUCUACUUCGGUGCGCGAAGUGGUAACGGUCUUUGGAAGAGCACCGACGGUGGCAAGAGCUUCUCUAAAGUAUCUUCCUUCACAAACGUUGGAACUUGGAUUCCUGAUCCGAGUGAUUCGUCUGGCUACAACAACGACAUUCAUGGCCUAACUUUCGUCACUUUUGAUCCAACUUCUUCCAUUGUCAAUGGCGCUACAUCAAGAAUCUUCGUCGGUGUGGCUGACAAGAAGACUGCUUCUUUGUAUGUCACCAAUGAUGCUGGUAAGACCUGGAAGCCUGUUGAGGGCCAGCCCAAGGAGUUUAUGCCGCAUAAGGGCCGUAUCUCGGUUAAGGAGAAGGCGUUGUACCUCUCUUACAGCGAUGGUGCUGGACCUUUUGACGGAACUGACGGUUCCGUUCACAGGUACGACUUGGCUGCCAACACGUGGAAGGAUAUCACGCCACCUGGAGAUAUCUACCACGGCUUUGGCGGUUUGGCGCUUGAUCAAAAGAAGCCUGGAACUCUUGUUGUUGCCGCCUUGAACUCGUGGUACCCUGAUGUUCAGUUCUGGCGAUCUACCGAUUCAGGCAAGACGUGGUCUACGCUUUGGAACUACAACGCUCAGGGCAGCCUUGACUAUCACUACAGCAUCUCCACUCCCAAAGCUCCAUGGAUCUACAAGAACUUUGUCUCACAAGACACCAAGCGCCUGGGCUGGAUGGUUGAAGCUUUGGCUAUCAAUCCUUUCGACAGCAACCACUGGCUAUACGCUACUGGUCUUACCGUCUACGGUGGCCAUGACCUCACGAAGUGGGAUACUGAGCACAAAGUCACCAUCGAGUCUUUGGCGGAUGGCAUCGAGGAGUUUGCUGUACUCGAUCUCAAGUCUGCACCUGGAGGCAGCGAUCUUCUUGCUGCUGUAGGUGAUGACAGUGGGUUCACAUUUGCGAACAAGGCCGCACUGAACAAGUCGCCUCAGUCUGCUUGGGACAACCCUAUGUUCACAACCUCUGUCAGUGUUGACUAUGCUGGUAACAAAGUUGGCAACGUUGUUCGAGCUGGUAACACUGACGGUGAAGCACCUAUGGCUGCCCUUUCCACCGACGGAGGAAAGUCAUGGAAGGCUCACGGUGGUGCUGGUGCCAAUCAAUACGGAGGUUAUAUCGCUAUCUCCGCUGACGGACACGUCGUGCUCUGGUCAACCGAAACGAAGAGCGUUUUGCGAUCUGAGAAAGAGGAGUCUUUCUCGUCCGUAUCUAGCCUACCUUCUGGAUCACUUGUCGCUAGUGACAAGCGCGAAAAUGAAGUCUUCUACGGCGCAUCUGGAUCCACCUUCUACGUCUCCAACAACACUGCCUCAACAUUCUCCAAGGCCGGAUCCCUUGACGGAGCAAAGUCAAUUCGCGACAUCGCCGCCCAUCCUACAAAGGCAGGCGAGGUCUAUGUCUCUACCGACGCGGGCAUCUUCCGCAGCACCGACUUCGCUGAUACGUUCACCAAAGUCGGAUCUGGUCUGACCAACACACAGCAAAUUGCUCUUGGCAAGGGUUCAGGAAGUAAGUGGAACUUGUACGCUUUCGGUGCCGGAUCUGCUGGACGAAGGUUGUAUGGUAGCUCUGAUAUGGGCAAGACUUGGAAGGAUAUCCAGGGAUCUAAGGGCUUUGGAUCUAUUGAAUCGACGAAGUUGGCAGGAAGUGGAAAUGAGGCUGGACUGGUUUAUGUCGGCACAAAUGGCCGAGGAGUCUUCUGGGGACAAGGGUCAAUCUGA